AACACCUAGUAUGAUUAUGGUUUGGCAGUUAUUAGAAAACUCAAAAUUUUCUUUAAAUCAAAGCUUACAUGAAAUUGUUAUUGAUGUUGAUUUAAGAUUUGAGUUAUCAUUUUACAAAGGCUAUAACUCAAAAUUCUAACGCAUCAACAAUAUAUUACAACUCAAACACAACUUUGAAAAAUUCAAAACUAAUUCAUGAUUGCUAACAUUUUUGAGUUAUGCGUCCAACUCAAACUAAAUCAAAUGUAAUACAUGUUACAAAAGUUACAAAGAAGAGAUAUGAUAAUCUAAACCCUCACACAUACAAGCCAGCGGACAAGACAAACAAUCUCUACAGAAAAAAUUUCGGAGCCAAACUACAACCGAUUAAUUAGCACUAAACACUUAAAUUUCAUAGAAAAAGUAGACCGAACAUCAAUUAACAAGACACCCUAGCAGACACAACACCAAGAUCGGAAAGAGUUAAAAGAAAAAUAAAGCACUCGAAGCCGAAUUAUUGGCAGAUGCCACAUGCAUGAAUUACUUCUAAUGCUAAUGCUCUUGAACAUACCACAAGCCACAAGUUCAACCGCAAUAAACCAUCAAAAGGAGACGAAGCAAUUUAACAUUCGAACACCCACAAAGAGAUGCACGAAAAAGCGAAAGUUCUUUUUCUUCUAGAAUGAGCCGAUGAUUAUAUAACCAAUAAGUACUUUAAAAACUGUUCCGAAACAUGUAAACCAAGGAAAAACAAACUCUCCAAGAAAACGCAUUCACCAUCAUAAGCAAAAAAAAUAAGACAUACCAACAAACAAGAGAAGAGCUAAUCCAACAAUCGAAAUAAAAAGAAUACAUUAAACAAGCACCAAAGGUGAAUGUACACAUUUGAACCGAUGAAGGAAACAUUAAAAACCGAGACAAUAUUGAUCUAGAACCCAUCACGGCAAGAACACGCCAAGGAAGAACCCGACCUUUGUCAAACUAACAUUUCUCCAAAUAUGGAAAACUAGAUGUAGAACUGUUUUCCGAAGAAACUAUAGAUCUACGUAAACUAUAAAUAAUGUGAAAAUUUAUAAUUUAGUUUUAAAGGUUUAUAAAUUGAUUUUAAACAAUGCAUAAUUGAUCUUAAAAGUUUUAAACAUUUGACACUUUUGAGUGAUAAAAUUGCUAAACUAUUUUCGAGUUGGAAGAAUCCCCUCGGUCAAAUUUUCAACAUCAUAAACUCUCAACUUACAAAUUGUUGAUAUUUGUCACAUUCCGUCACGAUAUUUAAGACGAAAUGUAACCAACUUUAACAUAUUUAAAGUCAAAGAUUUGUUAUUUUAAGUUGAAAAGUUGUUUUAUAAUCCAUCUUUAGUUAGUUGAAGAGGUCUUAUUACUAAAAAUGUCAGUAAAAAACUAAAGGGAAAUUGGGGGCUAUAGACAUGCAAAUAAAAAGUAAUUCACGGUAUAGCACUUUUACCUAACACAUGUAUAGACGCCGUCAAUUAUUAUGUACUAUCCUACCCUUCCCCUUUAACCGGCUAACCUGCUACAAGAUAAAAAAAAUAUAACUUUUAUUGUCCAAAGUAAAUCGUGUCUCUCCAUCUUCCACACAACUUCUCCUUCUCUCUUUCGUCGACGGUUGUUUCUGGAAUUCGGAAGGUCCCGACCGCUUAUUUGCUCCUAAGUCUCGCCUCUGCCUCUGAUUGCAAUCAACUUUUCAUCUCCGUCGUCUACCCUUCUACUCGGCUUCGGCUUUAACGGCAUCGGUGGUUCUGUUUUCCGCGACAUUUUCGGCGGAGGGGAGUAACACCGCCGACAUCUCCAACUUCACAGAGUAGCGGUUUCUUCAAAUCUGUGACAACGCAGUAAGUUAUUUCCCUUUCUGCUUCCUCUCUGUUUCUCUUAUUUUAUUUUCGAUCUUCGCAAAAUUAGGGUUUUUAAUUGUUAAGUUUGUAUCAUCGUUCCUGCUGAAACCCAUUGUUCCGAUUACGGAAUUCUGUCGUCACAGAUCGAACUUUGUCAAAUUGAUUUAGGGUUCGAGUUUUCCCGGCUUGUGUGAGGGUUUCUUAAAUUUGAAUUGUUUCACAUAGUAUGCAAACUAUGUGGAGUAGUAAUUUAUACCAAGAUGUGUAGAAUAUCAUUGCUAAGAAUUGGCCUAUAAUUACACAUAGUAUGAAAUUUCAGAUCUGGAUUCCAUCUAGAAUGUAAUAGUAUUCGUAUACCUUUCAAUCAUUUCAUGUAUGAUAGUAUCAUUUUCCGUUAAUGUUUGCUUUGUUUCACUUUGUGUUUGGGUGUGGUUCAGUGUGACGUUGUUAACCUAAGUUAUGCUUGAUUUGGUUCAUGGUCUAGGAAUAUCGAUUAUUUUGUGGAAUGCAGGCUGCAACGCAUAUAUAUGUUACAUUAUCUGUAUAUUUCAUUGGUAUGUGUCGUAGUGAGUGGAAUAGUUUACGGUUCAUAAUAUUCCAUUUCAUAUGGAAAAGUACUUCCACAUGAUAUGCUUUUCCAUUUCGUUGCCUGUUCUUAUUCUGUUUAACUCAUUAGUCAUUUCUAUAUUGCAUAUGACACUGUGAACGCAUAUAUAUGUUAUGUUAUCUAUAUAUUUCAUUGGGAAGUGUCAUGGUGAGUAGAAUAGUAUACGGUGCAUAAUAUUCCAUUUCAUAUGGAUAAGUACUUUCACAUGAUAUGCUUUUCCAUUCGGUUGGUUUUUCUUAUUCUGUUUAACUCAUUAGUCAUUUCUAUAUUGCAUAUGCCACUGUGAACCAUCUUCACUCUUUGACUCUCUUUCUUUUCAUUCUUCAGGUUUGGUAUGGAGGAGUUAGAGCUUCCAAGUAGAUUGUUUGAGACAUGCUGCAAACCCAUUGGCAAGAAAAGGGUUAACAACUAUUUCAAUCUUCGUUGGAUCGAAGUAAUAAAGAGUGCAUUAGAGGAUGAGGACCUCACAAUGUUGAGUGCGUCACAGUUUGGCAAAGUACUGAAGAUGGGGUCCCAUACCUUCUCGGUUAUGUUUAUUCACUACCUUCUUUCACGACAGUUGAUCACUGAGAAGGACUCCGAACUAUGGUGGCUUUUCGUGGGGAAACCAAUUCGUUAUGUUAUUCAAGACUUUCACUCGUAAUUGGGCUCAAUUGUGGCCAAAUAAUGGACGUUCACCAUCAGGCGAAGGGUAAAGGUGCGCAUGGUAAGGGAACCGGAAAAUCGACAUCAUCGAGCGCUUCUCCAUCAACAUGGGAUGUUCUGUUUGGAAGGGAGGAUAAGCCCACCACCAGCUGGAUAAUUGACCGCCUUGUGAAGGGAAAUAAAUAUAAGGAUCCGUUAGCUCGUCUCCGCUUGGCCUUGUUAGUGUUGGUUGAAGGUAUUUUGUGCCCCACAUGUGGCACAACGAACAUCAGACCUGAGGUUGUGCGGAUGCUAGAUAAUCUGGAUGAGUUCCUAAACUAUCCAUGGGGGCGUGAGUCAUUUCUCCUUGCGGUGUGCAGUACAAAAUCUCGUCGUCCCAGUCAUUAUGUGUUACAGGACACAAUGGCCAUCCAAGGAUUCUCGCAUGCCAUGGUUCUUGUUACAGUUGCUGCUUGCCCCUCGAUACUACUUAAGCCCGGAGCAGUUACCCUCCUGGAUGAUGAGUCUAAAAGCAGUGAAGAUAUUGUUAACGAGUUGCUUGAUAGGAAGUUCAGCGUGAAUGUCGUCUCAGCCAAAGCUGUCGACCAAAAGGGUCAGGCUUUUGUGCGAUCUCUUAUUAGAUCAGAUGAAGCUGGUGAGGAGUUAUAUCGUGGGUUGGAAGACACGGAAGACGAAGCUGUUGAUCACCUGGUUGCACUAGCUCGUGAUGACUACCCUUAUGAACACAACACAUGGAUAGGUGGUGUGAAAGCAGAUGAUGUGAAGGUGAAGAAGGGCCACCCUCUCCGAACUGACGAACACGAACCUGAAGAAACUGAUAGGGAAUAUGGGCAGCAAGGAGGUGGUGACGAUGUCGUCCACUCUGGAGAAGGAAGAGGCCAACCAAGUAUGAGGCAGGGUGAGGCGCCUAUUGGUGGUCGGCCUACUUCCGCUGAUGUUGAAGAUUUGGUUAGACAAGCGGCUGAGGCGUUUGAAGCACAACUGUUACCUAUGUUUGAGGGCUACAUGGUCAGUAUGAAAGACCACAUUUCUAAAGAACUCAGCAAACUCAUGACUGAAGUAGCUUCCGCCAAUUCUUCUAUUGCGGCGGUGGAAACUUUUGUUAAGACUGAGUUAGCCACUCUGCGCAAUUCCACCACCGGAGUUGACAUGUAUGGGGAGACCUGUUUUGAAUGUACACAGUGAAAAUAUCUUGGUAAUUACA